AUGUGCUUUAUCUUUUGUCUUUUUAAUUUCUCCAUUGUCUUCUUCCUUUCUUUUCUGUCUUCUUCCUUUCUUUUCUGCCUUCUUCCUUUCUUUUCUGUCUCCUUCCUUUCUCCUUUCUUUUCUGUCUCCUCCUUCCUUUCUGUCUCCUCCCUUCUUUAUUAUAUAAUACCCCAUUGCUUUCUAUUCUUUCCUCUCUAUUUUUUCUCCCCCCCUCACCCUUUUGUAAAGGAGGCAACAAUUUUCUCUUUUUUUGUACACUGGGGGUUGAGAUGUGAAGACAGUCUUCUCUUCUUUUCACACCCCUGCUACAGCAAUGUGAAAACGGACUUCUUCACAUGCCUGCUACAGCAACGUGAAUAUGGUCUUCUCUUCUUUGCACGCCUGGUACAGCAAUGUGAAUAUGGUCUUCUCUUCUUUGCACGCCUGGUACAGCAAUGUGAAUACGGUCUUCUCUUCUUUGCAUGCCUGGUACAGCAAUGUGAAUAUGGUCUUCUCUUCUUUGCAUGCCUGGUACAGCAAUGUGAAUACGGUCUUCUCUUCUUUGCAUGCCUGGUACAGCAAUGUGAAUACGGUCUUCUCUUCUUUGCAUGCCUGAUACAGCAAUGUGAAUACGGUCUUCUCUUCUUUGCAUGCCUGGUACAGCAAUGUGAAUACGGUCUUCUCUUCUUUGCAUGCCUGCUACUGCAAUGUGAAGAUGGUCUUUUCUUCACACCCACUACAGCAAUGUGA